AUGUCCUACGUAGACAACACAGCCUUUAAUUCUUGGAUUGUCUGGCUCAACUUUUCAGUCCAUGCAGUAAUGUAUUCCUACUAUUUCCUAGCUGCUUGCAAAAUAAGACUUCCGGCAUGGUUUGCACAGUGCUUAACGUCUGCACAAAUAACCCAAUUCCUUAUAACUUUGGCUAUAUUGGCACAUGCUGGUAUUAGAAUGGUUAAUGGAUUGCGUGUUGAUACAACUGUCACCUCUUAUUUGUACUGUCUUUUGAUGGAAAUUAGUUAUGUUGCACUUUUUGGCAACUUUUUCUAUCAUUCUUAUAUUCGUGGAGGUGGAAAGAAAUUUAACCGGGAAAAGGCUAAGAAACCAACUGAAGAGCAGCAUUCAAUGAAGAAUGGAACAACAAAAAUGGAUUAA